AUGGCAAUGCCCAAAGAAGAAUUGUCACUGCAUCACGACGAACAUGGUGUGCACCAUAGCAAAGCCAGAGAGAAGUUCAGUCUCUACAACUAUGGUAUCGUCCUCUGUGUUUCCUGCAGCUCACUGGCAACGGGCAUGGUGAAUGGCAUGAUCAACACGACUCUGGGCCAGCCGAGCUUCUUGCUCUACUUCGGCUUCCUUCAUCAAACGAAAUCCAACACGCCGUUGAUCGGCACGAUUCUCGGAGUGUUUUUCGCAUCCGCCAUCUUUGGUUGUGCCUGGGCCAGCUACUCAUCCGAUAAAAUUGGUCGCAAGAAGACGGUCCUCAUUGCAGCCAUCAUCUCCAUCGUCAGCACGGCCCUUGUUGCGGGAAGCGUGCAUAUUGCCAUGUUGAUAAUUUUCAGGGGAUGUUCCGGUUUUGCUUCUGGAGCAUAUAUGUCUGUGGGAUCCUUACUUCAGAGCGAGCUCGCUCCCCCUCGAUACCGAGGCCUCAUGGUGGGCCUUGUUGGAGUGAUGAUCUCAUUUGGCUAUGUCUUCGCCAACUGGCUCGGCGUGGCCUUCUAUUUUGUGGAAGCCGGUGGCGUACAAUGGCGGAUUCCGUUCGCGAUUUGUACUGCUCCGUCUUUCUUGACCAUCUUCCUUCUUCCUGUAAUUCCAGAAUCACCAAGAUGGUUGGUGAUGAAGAAUCGCACUGAUGAAGCUCGUGCCGUCAUCUCAAAAUUGCAUGGCCACCAUGACGACGAAGGCCAUGAAUUCGCUGAGCUCGAGGUCAAACAGAUGGUCGAUCAGAUCUCAUUUGAGAAUCAGCAUCAAAUGGGUUGGUGGGAGCUAUUGCUGUCGAAGAGGUACCGCAAGCGCUUUAUCCUGACAAUUAUUACCCAGUCUAUGAGCCAGUCUGCAGGUAUUGUCGUGAUUGCUAGUUACGGUCCGACCAUAUACGCCAGCCUGGGAUUCGGUACAGUGGGCCAGCUGUCCAUCACUGCGGGCUAUGUGACAUUUGGGGCGAUAACCGCUACGCUCGGAACCUUGCUCAUCGAUAGCCUUGGACGUGUGCCACUACUCGCCAUCGGAACGGCAAUUCAAAUUGCGCUGAUUGUGGUAGUCACCCCGCUCAUCGUCAAGUACGCUGGAACUGCCCACGAAGCUCCCCAGAGGGCUAUUGUGGCUAUGUUCUACAUCUUCGAACUUGGAUACUGCAUGUUUGUGGAAGGUGCAAGCUACACUUAUGUUUCCGAGAUGUGGCCCGCUCAUCUGAGGGCCAAAGGCUCGGCUCUUGGAGUAGCUAGUAUCUACCUUGUCGACACUAUCUACGUCGAAGCCUCCCUCUACGCCUUUGUCUCCAUCGGCUGGAAAUUCUACCUCGUUUUCAUAGUAGCGGGCGUGUUUUUCCUCACUGUAUUCCUUCUCCUGGCGAAGGAGACCAAAGGCAAGCCGCUGGAAGAGAUAGCCGGGCUUUUUGGAGAUCAGGUUGCGGCCGAAACGUUGGAAAAUCUUAUCCUUACACAUGAUACUGUACUCGAGGAGACUAAAGAAAUACCCAAGGGCAGUGUGAUGAUGUCGCUGGGAAUGAAUGUACCAUCCAUCAACGCCGAGGGCUCUGCACCUAGAACAUUCAAGCAAUGGAUUAUCCCGGAGGAGUUGGACUCAGACUUCCCUCAGAGAGCAUUUUUAAUGUACGCCAGCCUGAUGGUAGCCAAUAGCUGCUCGCCAUACAACGAAGAGGACUAA